CAUUUGUAUCUAUCACCUAGUAUAUUUGCCAUGUUUUUGAUGUGUAAAAUCUGCCUUGCAACGUUCAGAUCUCAGUUGUUUAAAGAUGUUUUAGACCAGUAUGAAGUUCGAGUGGCUCCUUUUGAUGAGAAAUCUGAAGCAAUCAGACUGCAAGUUUUUGUAAAUUUAAUGUCAAUUCGUGAUGUUAAUGAAAAGGACCAAUCUUUUGAAACGUCUUUUUGGUUAAAUUUACUGUGGAAAGACUGGCGCUUAAAAUGGAAUUCUUCAAAUUAUCGAGGAAUCAGUGAAAUACAGACCACUUCAAAAAAUGUAUGGAUGCCAAGUUCUAUUUGUAUCUUUAACGAAAUGUCCGAGAAAAAAUGCUUCACAGAGGAGAAGCCCACCACUGUAUUCAGUAAUGGAUAUGUCAUGUAUUCGACGGCGAGAGAAAGUGUGACACAGUGCAAAAUAGAUAUCGCAAAAUAUCCAUACGACUCGCAGAUGUGUUCCUUUCAUGUAGGUAAUUUGUUUUCUGAUUAUGAUUACAUUAACUUGGAUGCAAACUUAUCUUUACUAUUUGUCAACCACUAUGAACAAAACGAACAAUGGGAGGUUACGAACACUGCUCUAUACUUACACACAGUGAAUUCAGAACGACCUGAGUAUAACCAACUUAACUUUGAUAUCCAUAUUAAAAGGAAACCAGGAUAUGUGAUCCUGUCUGUUUUACUUCCAGUUGUUCUGCUAUCCGUUCUAAAUAUCUUCUGCUUUGUAUUACCAGUUGAUUCUGGAGAAAAAAUGGGUACCUCAAUGGCAAUCUUCCUAACCUUUGCUGUAUUUUUGACCAUCAUCAAUGAUACCAUGCCUAAGUCCGAAAAUAUUCCUUAUUUCACCGUUUACCUCGCAUCCCAGCUUGUGUUUAGUGGAGUAACUGUCAUUAUGGAGGCCAUAGUACUUAGAGUUUCUGUAACAACGGAAUCAAGUCAAGUUAGAUCGGUAGAAAAAACUGAAAUCAAGGACAGAAAUUUGUUGAUGCAAAUUGCAAAGAAAGUAUGCACUCAACAUACUGCUUCAAGUCUCGACAAAAUUUUUAUGACAAUCAUGAUUAUUGUCAAUGUUUGUUCUCUCGUCACAAUGUUAAUAAAAACAAACUAAAUUUCAAUUUGACCAUAAUUUCAAGUUUCUACAAUCAACAUAAGUGAUAAUUUAGCUACUUGUUUUUAAUGGUGAUUAGUAUGCGUAAACCUUGCUUUGCGUAAAGAAUAAACUUACAGUCAUUCUUUGUGAAAGAAAAGUAAAUGUACAGUGUAUCAUCAUUUAAUUUUUUCUUCAUUGUAUUCUAUAUGCAUUUUGAGAACACAAAGUACGCAAGAAAGCGUGUUAGGUUAUAUUUGCUUCAGUUUUAUAUAUAUUUAUUACAUUAUAUAUAUAGGGCCUGUUUGGGAGGAUAACAGUUGAAAUUGACACCCCGAGAAAACCAUUGUCAACCGACGCGAAGCACUAUUUAUUUUAUUAUACUGAAUAUCUUAAUAUUAGAGAAAAUGUUACUGCUUAUAUAUAGAAAUGACAUGAAUUAUACAGCGAACCGUACGUGCAUUAACUACGCGCAUGUAACUAUUCGUUGUGUUACCCGUUGCCAAGUGUGUUGCUAACGCUAAAGGUAAUAGAACGGAUUAUCAACUGCGUCUAAACCAAUCAGAUUUUAGUAUUUAACAUGAAAGUAUAAUAAAAAUUUUUGCAGUCUGUUUUUUUUUUUGCCGCAUGUACGUUAAAUUUCUUUUACAUUCUUGUUUUUCUGAUAAAAGAAAGAAGCUUUAUUACAUCAAUUAGAAGUGCAGAUAUCUAAUUUAGCAAAACUAAACAAUGUCAUUUUCUGAACUGUGUUGCUUUAUCUUGUAAAGAUGAAAAGGAUGUUUCAAUCUGCGCGUCAAUCAUUAUGUUUACACUGUGCUUCAUCGGCUAUUUAGAAAAUCUAAAUGAUAGAUUUAUUAGAAUAGUUUGUUGUGUUGACUCAUCACUUUAAAGCAUUGUUUUUAUAAAUUAGAGCAUGAAAUCGCUCAGAACCAUUUAAAAUCUGAAUUUUAUGUAAUAAAGAAUUCAAAUCAAUAAAACCCAUUAGAACCUAUUUCGUUAAAGCUGUAGGAUGGUCCUACAAUGUUGGUGUUUGCAUUAACGACCAGCUUAUUCAAAAUAUGAAAAUUGUUAUAUUAUGUUGAAAGAAGAACUAAAAACACACGCAAUUCGAACGUCCUUGAACUAUUUUUCUUAUUGUUGAUGUCAUGUUGUUCUAAUUGUACAGAUAUUAUUGUAUUUUUUCCAAUUGCGAAAUAAAGUUCUUUCAUAUA